AUGGCACCUACCACUCAACCGGGACGCCCCGGUAACCUCACUCCGGAUCAAGAGGAGAAGCUGCGCGAGCUCUGGAUGCAGACCUUUGAUGUCUUUGGCGUUGUGAGCGGUGCCCGUCCGAGUGUCGACACUGCUUCCGCCGCUUCCACCCCUGCUCCUGCCGACCAUAAGAAGAAGUCAAAGCUGUCCAUGUUCUCUCGCAAGCACAAGGACGCCGACAAUUCUGCUGAAAAUACCGACGACGAGAACGACAAGCACGGCCCGGCCAAGGAGUUCCGUCAGGCCCUUCAGAACCAGAGUCCCGAGUCACUGCGCACUGCCUUUUGGGGUAUGGUCAAGCACGAUGACCCUGACGCUUUGCUCUUGCGAUUCCUACGUGCUCGUAAAUGGGAUGUCCAAGCUGCCCUCAUCAUGAUGAUUUCGACUCUCCAUUGGCGCUCUCAGGAAAUGCACGUUGAUGAUGACAUUGUUUACAAGGGCGAAGAAGGCGCUUUGAUUGACGCUAAAUCUGCCCCGGACGCAACCUCAAAGAAAGACGCCGAGGAUUUCCUUGCGCAACUGCGUAUGGGCAAGAGUUUCUUGCAUGGUGUUGAUGCUGAGGAAAGACCUGUUUGCAUUGUCAGAGCCAGACUGCAUCACGGUGGUGAGCAAACGGAGAAGAGUCUUGAGAGAUAUACCGUCUAUACUAUCGACACUGCUCGCAUGAUGCUCAGACCUCCAAUUGAUACUGCCACUAUUAUCUUUGACAUGACGGGUUUCUCCAUGUCCAACAUGGACUACACCCCUGUCAAAUUCAUGAUCAAGUGUUUCGAAGCCAACUACCCUGAAUCGCUGGGUAGUGUCCUCGUCUACAAGGCUCCUUGGGUCUUUCAAGGCAUUUGGAAGAUCAUUCGUGGUUGGCUCGACCCUGUUGUUGCUUCCAAGAUCAACUUCUGCUCAAACGUCGAAGAGCUCUCCGCUUUCAUUCCAAAGAGUCAGAUCUUGAAAGAGCUUGGUGGUGACGAGGACUGGGAGUACCACUAUGUCGAGCCCAGAGCCGGUGAAAAUGACAAGAUGAAGGACACAGCAACAAGGGACAAGAUUGAAGCUGAACGCAAGGAACUGGUACAAAAAUACCAGGCCGAAACGGUACAGUGGGCUAAGGGCGAGAACAAGGGAGAGCAAAGGUCAGCGCUCAGACAGGAGCUGCUGCAAAACUACUGGCAGCUCGACCCUUAUGUUCGUGCAAGAACAUUGUACGACCGCAUCGGCAUCAUUGGUCAUGACGGCAAGAUGAAUUUCUAUCCAUCUGCUAGCAGUGCCGACCUUGACUAA